AUGGCCUUCACCUCAUCAACUCAGUCAGAGAAGCUCUUGAAGCAAGUCAAUGAUGGAUACGGGCCAAAAUUUGCCACUGCUGUUCCAAAAUGCCCUAUCACCUAUCGCCGACCGCCUGCACUGAAUGCUGAACGGGUAAUCGAGUCAGCAGGGGUCGCCCAUGCAAACCUCGCUUCGUCCACGGACAAGCCCAAAGGCAGCAUUGAAUAUUCAGAGAAAUAUCAUGAAUAUACUGUAUUGCAGCAGCACGUCCUCUUCUGGGACCGCGAUAACGAUGGCAUGAUCACGCCAAUCGAUGUGUGGGUUGGUUUUCGCGAUUUGGGCUUCAAUCUCGCCGCAUGCUUGCUAGCUGCAACAGUCAUUCCAUUCGUUUUCUCCUACGGAACAGUCAUGCAAUACUCAUACUUGCCGGAUCCAUUUUUCCGACUUCACCUUGGCGGCCAUGGUUCCGACUCUGGCAUAUAUGACAGCGAGGGUCGAUUUAUCCCCCAACGAUUUGAAGAUGUGUUUGCAAAUUGUAGUGUGCGGCAAGACGACACUCUGACGCUUCGCGAGAUCUUUGAUUUGAUGAGCAGAAACCGCUGCGCAAUGGACCCAUUUGGUUGGUCAGUAUCAAUUUUUGAGUGGAUGACAACAUGGACAUUACUGGCAAAAGACGGCAAAAUCCAUAAAGAGGAUCUCAGGAGAGUAUUUGAUGGCUCCCUAUUCUGGGAGAUUCGGGAGAAAAGGCACUCGGGGGAGGGAUGGCAUCAGGGUUGGGGACUCGGGGGAGAUGGCUUCGUGGGCAGUCGACCCGGAGUCAAUCCUCGGACGCUCACUGCUUAA